AUGAAAAGAACUUGAAAGCCUGGAGCAUUGUGUUACGGUUCGCUGAGUGUCUCCAGCACGGAACAAAACUCCACUGCUCUCGUUAUUUGGGAACAUGCUGAAGCUGCUGACAGCAGAUUUAAAUCAACGAUGACGACAGCCACACCACUGCUCUAUACCACUCAGUUCUCAGAAAACGACACGAAUUCUCAAGAACAAAGUCUCUAUCAAAGUAAGAAAAAUAUUGGGGUGGUUUGCUGCCAUGUAGUAGGAGUGAUUAUUAUUUUUUACAGUGGUUCUGCUCAUAUGAAAACAUAUAACAGACGCAUGAGAGUGAAGCGGGAGCUGGAACCAAAACCCACCAAACCAGGAAUGCCGCCUGCUUUUAGUGGCCAGCACAGAAACAGCAUGUCUCCGCAUCCCACGGUGACCUUCAUACCUGUGGACAUCCACAUGCAAAACAGAUAACUGGGAAUGCCUCGCUCUCCACCCACCCGGGGGGGGCUAGAGAAAUGGAAUCCUAAUUUACAUGGCCCUGGGACUUCUCAGCAAAACUACACUGCAUUUGGAAUAGUGACAGCUGUCAUUUUGUCUAUAGGUUUUAAUUAAUCUUAUUUUCUCUCUUUGAGAGGAAAAAGCAAAGGUCUGAACACUUUUUGUACAACUGAAAUCAACUGGUGGAGGCAUACAAACAAUCAGAAAUGCAGGGAGACUUCUUAUGGAGCUCUGGAUAUGCAGAGAUCAAAUAAACCGAGCCCAUUCCGGGGAAGAACAGAUGCACACUUCUACAUUGUGGAGCUUUGCUGUUUGGAGAGUUUGAGCUGUUUCUGUUCUGCAGUGACUGAUGAUGAACUGGAAGAAAAAUCGGGACACGCUAGCUACAACUCAGGUUGAACCUGAGUUUGUUCUGAUUUAUGUGAAGCAGGUUUGUAGUCUAUUUUACAUAUAGUGGAUGGUGCAGAAAGUAUCAACAUUUUACUUCUCUUUACUCAUUUUUUCUGUUUCUAAUGCUCCAUACAUAUGGGUUUAGAUGAAAAAGUUACUUAUUUUCAAGUAUUUGUAAAAUAUUUCUAUAAACUUGGUAUCCUGUCCCUUUCCAAACAAAUUCAGUGGCUAAAGGUGUUCACUCUCAUGCCAAGAAUUGCUUCAGGUUUGUUACUGGAGUUAUAUUAGAACGUUUUGUCUUACACAGAAUCUGAGCAAGCAAGGCUUUAUACAGCUAAUUUUGCACAACUUGCACCCUGACAUGCUUUUUUUCUCUAAUGCAGACUAGACUUGAACUAUUUUUAGAUUACUUUUUUCCUAGAAAGCAACCGAAAGUGGUGCUGUUUGCAAGUGUGAUGAUGGUGGGUGUACAGUCAUGCAACAAAGAAAUUCCCGAGGAUAUUCACAGCCCACUGAGUGUGAACACACAGCAGCAUUGUCCAACAUUCAGUGGCCAAUUGUCUCAAGGGUGCACACAGAAGCAGCGCUGAAACACCGGCUGAUGGGACAGAUGGGGAGGGUUAGGAAGAAUAUCGAGGAGUUAAACUCUGUUUUUAAAGAGAAGUAUAUGAGGCUCUGAGAAACAGCCACAUCUCUUUGACACACACAUCUUACAUUUUACAGCAUCGCUUCACUGGAAUGGCUGGAUGGAUAUGCGAAGCAAAUGCAGCAGCACAGAGCAGUCUGGA